UAGGAAUUAUCAAGGUAAAGUGUAAUAUUUUCAAUAAGCGUUUCAUAAUCAAUCCAUUGGAGGAAUUCGGCUCAUCCUUAACGUUAUAAAUUAUUAAAUUUGUCACAAUGAAAUCUGUGAUUUGUGCCAUCGUGUUUUUUGUGCUGGUGUGCCACACUUUUUACACAAGUCAGGCUUUAACAUGUUACUCCUGUUCAGGCCCUAUGAACCAAUCCCACGACUGCGAAGUGAACGUCACCGCCAAAAAUCUUACUCAAGAGUGCAGUCCUGGAUUUGUUUGUACCGUUUUUAUUGAAAAAAGUGACAAUCAGUCGUUUAUAACCCGACUGUGCCAUCAACCAAACGAAUGUGAAAUUUUAGAAAAAGCAAACACGACACACGGAUUGGGUUUUAAGACCAUUACUUACUGUACCACCUGCAAUACGAGUCUCUGCAACGUUGGAAAUUCCGGAAACUCAUACAUUUCUAGUUCCAGUUGGAUAAUUAUCUCCCUAGGAGUAACUUUCAUGGGGAUUUUUUCUACUAAUGUAGCCUAGAGAUAUUUAUUUCAUAAAUAUGUAAAUAAAAUAUUCUUUCUUUAUAUUUAUAUAUCUAUUUUUUAGGCUACAGUUUAAUAUAAGCUCAAUAAAAAGGUUUUUAAGAUCGAA